UGAACUCAGACAUAUGUCGCCUACUAGUUUGCGGGAGAAUUAGCAUAUUAAAUACAAACUACACGCUAAGUGCAACUGGCAGGGAACACAUUCCCAAAUUGAAGCUUAAUUGGAACAUUAACUCCUAAUCCACAGAAAUUCCAACGCAAGACACCGGGGAAUUAACUGUUUUUAAAAGGCAGAUGCGUCAAGAGAUCACGGGAGGUUAAUAAUUAUGCUCAAUCAUGAGCCCACUGCAGGUUUUUAAGCUCCUCUUAUGCAUUGGGAUUACUUGUGGACUUGAAGGUUCCAAGCCCCCGCCAGAUGAGACCCCUCCUCAGAUUGUCCACCACCCGUCCGACGUGGUGGUGAAGGUGGGCAGCCCCGCCACGCUCUCCUGCAGGGCCUCGGGCACCCCAGAGCCCACCAUCGAAUGGCUGCGCAACGGGCAGCCCCUGGACUCGAACCGCCUGGACGACCCGUCCCGGCCCAUCACGCUGCACGAGGGGAGCCUCUUCUUCCUCAGCGUGGUGCCCGGCCGGAGGGGUCAGUCGCACGAGGGUGUGUACUCGUGUGUGGCGCGCAACAGCGUCGGCAAAGUCACCAGUCGAAAUGCCUCUCUGCACAUCGCAGCAUUGCGGGAUGAGUUCCGUGUCCAGCCCAGUGAUGUGGAGGUCGCUGUGAGCGAGGUGGCCAUCAUGAACUGCAGCCCUCCCAUUGGGCAGCCAGAGCCCAACGUCAUCUGGAAGAAGGACGGCGUUCCAAUCAACAGCACUGAUGACCACUACACUGUGCUUAACGGGAAAUUAAUCAUCGGCCCUGCCCUGAAGAAUGACUCGGGAGUGUAUGUUUGUGUGGCGUCCAACACCAUGGGGGUACGGGAGAGCCAGGCUGCCAGGCUGUCAGUAUUAGUGAAGCCCGUGUUGGUGCGUACACCCCAGGAUGUGAGCGUGAAGGUCGGGGAGGCGGCGCACUUCUUCUGUGAGGCAGACGGAGACCCCAUGCCCUCCGUGGAGUGGAGCCGGGAGCAGGGCCCUCUGCCAAACGGCAGGUAUCUGGUCAACCCAGAUCAGAGUCUUCAGAUUCACUAUGUGACUGAGCAGGACAGUGGACAGUACACCUGUACUGCUGUCAACGAGAUGGGAGCAUCCACAGCCAGCGCAGUGCUUCAUGUAGAGGAUGCUUUGAACACUCGACAGAAGGAGCUUCAUAAGGAGCUGUCUGCUCUGCGUGCGGAGCUUCAGACCGUGGCUGUCAUGACUCCUUCCUCCAAUAUGUCUUUGGUGCAGUGGAAGCUCCAGUCUCUGCCAACCCAGCCACACUACCUGGACGGAUGCGAGGUGCUGUACCGCUCUCUCCUGCCUGCUAGCUCCGACUGGGCGGCCAAGAAGGUGCCUCUGCCGAGCCUGCAGACAGCGGUCGGCCCCCUGAAGAGGGGCUACAAGUACGAGUUUAAAGUGCGACCAUACGGGAGCAACUUAUACGGCAGAGAGAGCAACACCAGACACCUCAGGGUGCCAGAGAUCGCCCCCGGUGCCCCUCCUCAGGGACUGUCCGUGACGAUGCCGGUGGACCGAAACGACACAGUUCUCUUGAGCUGGGGUCCUCCAUCUCACGACACCCACAACGGGAUCAUCCAGGGCUAUCAGGUGUGGUGUGUGCAGUCAGACGGUCAGCCGUUUUUUAACUGGACGCUGGACAGUGGGACCCACAGUCUGGAGAUCGGCAUGCUGCACCCUGGCAGGCAGUACUGGGUCAGAGUGGCGGCUCUCAAUGGAGCGGGGGUCGGCGUGAAGAGUGACCCUCACAGACUUCUGAUAGAGAACAACCAGCGUGUGUCUCACGCUCUCCCGGCCUCAGGCGCUCUCCCCUGGGUUCUGGCCGUGGUUCAGGACCCGGUGUUUAUUGGCAGCGUGGGCGUGCUCCUGUGGUGCCUCCUUAUGGUCACCGCUGUGUGCCUGUACCGACGCCACGCCAGGAGCUCGGGCCUCGGCCACCGACACCACAAGAGCGCAGGCUUGUACAGGUUAGCCAGUGAGGACCUCAUCAUCAAGCACAGGAUGGCAGCGCCCGACUCGCCGUGGGUAUCCGGGGCCUGGAGGCCAGCGCUGUGCGGGAAACCCUACCAGGACCUGUGGGCCCAGGGCCAGGAGAGCCCCAACCUCAGCAUCAGCAAGAGCACUCUUCCCAUCACGGCCAAGAAGGACCCCGGCCAUCUUGAGUCUGUCGUGCCCAUAGUGUCUGACAGCUGCGGGGUUUACGGCACGUUCUACGUGGAUCUCAGCGGCAACAACCUCAAGACCUUCAACAGUCCCGGCCGCCGUACCAAGAUGCCUCACUACCACACCGCUGACCAGGCCUGCGAGACGGUCAUCAUCCCUCAGCCCGCCGCCAGGAGCAAGGCGGCCAGGGACGGGCCAGCGAUGCCGUGGAGACGGGCCCUGCCGACCCAGCCCAACAUGGGGGUUCUCAAGGAGUCCUGGGAGAAGAACUGCAAGCGAGAGCUCCACGCUGUGAAGAGCGCCCCGUUAGUGGCCAUGUCCCAGCAGGCCCGGGCAGUUGGCAGCAUCACAGGUGUGAACAAACAGAGACUCAGCCAUCAGCCGCCAGCCCUCCCUCCCCCAGGUGGGUUCCCAGACUGCCUGAAGUCGAGCUCCUCUCCCCGCAUGCUCCACUACUCGGCCUCCCUGCACCUGGUGGACAUGGCGUCGCCCCAGUCGUCCCCUCCUCGCUGCGGUGAUGACAUACACAGCUUGAGCUCAGAGGAAGGCUCCAGCAGGUCCACCAAGCUGACCAUGGACGUGGGCUCUCUCCAGUCCAUCUGCACGGCGUCCGCGGUGCGGGGAGCGGCCACCCCGGCCACCGCCUCCGUCUGCCCCUCCUACCCCUCCUACCCCUCCUACCCCUCCUACCCGGGCCGCACCUACAGCCGCCUGUCCACCGCCUCCUUCUGCAUGUCCGCAGAGCCCAGCCUGGACGAGGACCUGGACCUGGACGAAGCCACGCUCUCCACGCAGGACGCCACGCAGUACCUGGAGAUCAGACCCAGGAUGGACAGGGCCGGUGUGCUACCAGACAACCUCACCCCGAGGCCCUUCUCCCCGACCCCCACGUUCGGCUACAUCUGCGGGCCGUCGGAGGUAGAGGAGGCGGGCGAGCGCGGGGGUCCCCGGCGUGGGGUGGUGGGCCGGGCGCAGCUGCGGAGCACCCCGUCGUCCUGCUGCAGCGAGUGGGAGGGCUCCCUGUGGAACGCCUGGGGCUCCGUCUCCGAGGGCAACAUGCCCAGCGCCCGCACCAGCAUCAUCAGCUCCUCCGACUGCUCCUUCAUGAACGACGCCAACUUCGCCCGGGUCCUCGCCCUGACCGCGGACUCGAUGACUGGAGCCAGUCUCUCAGAUUUCUCUCCGUCCGGGUCUCCCCUGAACGUGCUCUUCCCCCCUCCACGGGACUGUUUCGGGGAGCUGGACCCCUUACCCGUGUGGGACUGGGGCACUACCUGGGUGGACGAGAUGGAAGCGCAGUACCACACCGGCCGGACAGGGGGCGCCACAGCUGCAGCCGCAGCCACAGCCGCAGCCGCAGCCAGCCUGUCCUCCGUCCCUGACCGCUGGGGCUAUUACCACCGCCAGGACCCCAGGCAGGCCAACUACAAGAUGCCAUCGCACCGAUGAGCAUCGCCAUGUAUUCUCAUCACUAGGUCACCCCUAGAGAACUUUAAACAUGUUGAAGCAUAUAGUAUUUUCAACCUAUUUUGGGUUAGUUGAGCUGAGAUGUGAGUGCCAAUGUGAUUCUUUCUGUCUUGAAUUCUUUACUGAUAGGAGCAGCCUACCCAUACUAGUGUCAUGGGUGACGAUUGUUUAACCAGUCUCCAAACCCCAGGUUAACCUAAGUCACAGGUCAUGUUUGAAGUAGACACUCCCCCAGUACCUCAGGGCAAUACCUUUCUAUAUAUGCUUUGGGAUUGAAAAAUGUUUUGAUGUUCAAUUUUGUGAAGACAAUUUGAAAUGGUUUGUAGUGUUUUGUAUGUUUUAUGUUUUUAGACUGCAAUUUCAUUCUGCAAAUCUGAGAAUAAUCCAGUCUAUUUUAACACAGUGUACAGUGUUGUUUGGUUUAUGAUCUCAGUAUGUAUCAAUACUUUACUUUUCUAUUUAAUGUAUUGUGAGCCUUGAAUUGUUCACCCAUUUAAACUUGGCAACAAAUGCUCAGUUGAGUUCUUUUCUGUCAUUUUAGUUUUACUCUGGUCAUUUCUAUGAUUAUCUUGUAGUGUUAUCAGUAACAUUUUGACAAAUUUUCUCUUACUGAUUUAUGGAUUAUAUGGAAAAGGUAAUAGAUGUGGGAACACUUUAUAUAAUGCUUAUGUUACAGUGUAAUAAUUGUCAUUAAAAGCAUUUCAGCAACUUUGUGAUGCUUUGUGAACCUUAAACCAUCUUGUACUGAUUCUGUACACUGUAUUACAUUGUAACAUGGGCACAAUGAUGUAUAGUGUUACCAUAGACUUUAACAUAUUGAACAAAUAUGGCAAUUUAAGGGAAAACUUAGGGGGAAAUAAUGUAUUGAAAACUAAUUUUAUAGUGGAAAUGUAAUAAUGUCAACCUCUCCAGACGUUUUUUUGAAAGAUGUCUUUUUCUAUGACUGCAUAUGUUAUAUAAGGAUGUAUUAUACUCAACUAACCUUACUUUCUGUAUAUCUAUCUCUAUAAAUAUAAUAAAUAA